AUGGCUCCGCCUCCACCGCCAAUGGACUGCAAGAAAUUCGACAUUAUCAGCCUAAUGUCACCGCCAGACGCCGUGCUCGACAGUUUUCAUCAUGGCAGUUCCGCGUUGAACAAGUCGGGCGGUGCCAAUGGCAAACAAUCAUCAUCGCAGCAGCCGCUGCCCAUGUCGCCGCCAAUAUCGCCUUACAGCAAGCCCAUCUCGACGACGAGUGCGGCGCCGGCAACUCCACACAGCCAGGCCAUCAAGGACCCUGUCUUGUACCCUGUCGACGAGCACUCACCGACCAGUCCUCCGCAGCCGCCUCUGUUUGCUCCCGCCGAGCUUGAACACCAACGCAUUGUCGACGAGCACGUUCGCGCCAGGUCGCAGAGCAUUUUCAGCGGCGUCGCGCCACCCAAGAGAGAGGAUUACGAGCUGGUCCUCACCUUUCGAUCCCAGGUCAUGAAGCACUUCACCACGAACCGCAGAGGAUGGCUCCGGAAAGAACGGGCCCUUCUCGAGGCUGACAGACGGGCAGGCGCCCAGAGAUAUUAUACGAUUAUGCCAGCCAAGCCCAUUGCUGCCAAACCUCCCCGAUCCCAGCGGACUGAUCGGGUCUCCAAGCCUCACGCUGCUCCGAGGCCGAUCCGCACCAACACCACAAUGGUUGGAACUACCCCAGCAAGACCUGCGGGCCGCACUAGCGCAACUCCUGAACCCUCUCGUCGCGUCGUGGCUCCCAAUCGUGAGGACAAGGACUUCCACUCACUGCCUGACUAUUGCCCUCCGUUGAACUCGCUUCCCAAUCGCUCCAAUUGUCUCAAGGUGGAUUGGAAGGGCCAGCCAAUUGAUCUCAGCAGCGAUGCACACGCCGCCCUGCUUCACCCCGACGAGCUUUUGCUGGCGGGAAACCUGCGCUUGGAUUGUGCCACGUAUCUCACAAGCAAGCGGCGCAUCUUUGAGCGUCGCCUCCAGUGCCUCCGCACGGGCAAAGAGUUCCGCAAGACGGACGCGCAGCAGGCUUGCAAGAUUGAUGUCAACAAGGCAUCAAAAUUGUGGACGGCUUUCGAGAAGGUGGGCUGGCUGGAUCAAAGCUGGGUCCGUCCAUUUGUCUAG